AUGGCUAAGGUACUCCAGAAAGUUGAAUCAACUGAUGCAGGGGUAAAAGAAAUGAGAGGUGGUUUCUCGAGUCUGAAGCAAGCUGGCAAAGAGGAGGAUGAAGCUGAACAUGUAGAUGAUUUGGAGGAUCCUCAGCCUAAAGCACAACCUAUGAGAGGAAAAGAGAAAGAGGUCGAGGAAAACCUGCCUUUACAGCAGAUUCCCAGACCACCUCCUCAUUUCCCUCAAAGGCUAAAAAAGAAAGUUGAAGAUGGGACGUUUACAAAGUUCAUCACUAUGUUGAAGCAACUUUCAGUAAACAUACCAUUGGUGGAAGCCCUGGAACAGAUGUCAGGAUAUGCCAAGUUCAUGAAGGACUUGGUUACAAAAAAGAGAGUUGUAAGUCUUGAUUUUACUAACGAUGUUCAUUAUUGCAGUGACAUUGCUACUAGAUCUAUGGUUCAGAAAAAAGAAUAUCCAGGUGCAUUCACUAUCCCAUGCACCAUUGGGUCAAUUAAGUUUGCAAAAGCUUUGUGUGAUCUAGGAGCUAACAUCAACCUGAUGCCAUUAUCCAUCUACAAGAAAUUGGGAUUAGGAGUUCCAAGACCCACAUCAAUGAGGUUGAUGAUGGCUGAUAGGUCAGUUAAGUGGCCAGUAAGAGUCCUCUGUGAUGUACUUGUAAAGGUGGACACCUUCAUCUUUUCAGCUAAUUUCGUGAUCUUGGAUUGCGAAGUGGACUUUGAGGUUUCCAUCAUUUUGGGAAGACCCUUUUUGGCCACAAGAAGAGCUUUGGUGGAUGUUGAAAGAGAAGAGUUGAAGUUCAGACUCAACAAGGAUGAGGUAAAGUUCAAUAAUUGCAGGUCAAUGAAGCAACCCAAUGAUAUGAAUGUGGUAUCUGUAAUAGAGGUGGUUGCUGAUGAAGACAUGAGGGUACCCAUAGAAGAGAGGAUGACUGUUGAAACCUUAGUUGCAGUGCUGAUGAACUUUGAUGUUGAAUUCUGA